AUGGUCGAAGACGCGGCGCAGACCAACGACCCACCAAGGCCCAACUCCGGCAUCUUCAGCGAGCAAGAUGUCACGAAUGGACAGUGGACGCCAGAAACCGUACUUUCUACGCUGUCUGAAAAACCAGCUGCUCACACCUCAUCCCCCGUCGCCUUCUUCCACAUCCUCGAGCGCCUGAAAACAACCAAGCGGGAAGGAUGGCGCCGCUUCGGCAUCGAGCGCGGAGAGUCGAUAGCAGACCACAUGUACCGCAUGUCCAUCCUCACAAUGCUUGCACCUCCUUCACUCGCCUCGCGGCUAAACGUCCCGCACUGCACACGCAUGGCGCUGAUCCACGACAUGGCGGAGAGCUUGGUUGGGGACAUCACGCCCGUUGACAACGUCGCCAAGCCAGAGAAGUCGCGACGGGAGGAGGCGACCAUGGACUACUUGUGCAGGGACUUGCUAGGAAAAGUGGGAGGAGGGCUAUCAGGCGAGGAGAUCAGGAAGGUGUGGCAGGAGUACGAGGACAACGAGACGCUGGAGGCGAAGUUCGUGCAUGACAUAGACAAGAUGGAGCUCAUACUCCAGAUGGUGGAGUACGAGCGGUCGCUGCAGGGUGCUGUGGAUCUGGGCGAGUUUACAUGGGUGGCCACGAGGAUAGAGCUGCCGGAAGUGAAGGAGUGGUGCGAAGCUGCCAUGCAGGAAAGGCAGAGGUUCUGGGAAGACGCUGAGAAGACACCAACCGACUACUCCAAGGGCGAGAAUAUCAGCAAGGAGAAGAAGGAGCAGUCGGAGGGAUACUACGGGAACGGCACGGCGUGA